ACCGCUGUGGUGGCAACAUUGGAUUAAAUAAUUCUGACACUUCGAUUCCAGGGCAGAAGUUGCUUUAGCAAUUCCAACUAAUUUUAAUAAUUCCUUGUUACCGAAAUAUCGGCAAUUUAACGAUGGCUUCGAAUUUAACCAAAGUCACAAUGUUGAGGGCCGUUCAAUCCCGUGGCUUUUGCCAGGCAGCCCCAAUUGGAGGAAUUGCAAACUACGACGUUCAAACUUCAAUUUUGCCAAAUAAAACUGUUGUGGCAUCUGGUGAAAAUGGAUCAGCUAUCUGCAGGGUCUCUGUAGUGUUCAAAGCUGGAUCUCGUAAUGAGUCUUUUGAUAAUGCUGGUGCUGCUCAUGUGCUCCGUAUUGCUGCUGGACAAUCCACAAGUAAUGCAACCAACUUCUCUAUCAUGCGUAAUAUACAACAAGUUGGCGCCAACUUGACCUGCUGGGCCAAUCGUGAAAACGUUGGUUACACCCUUGAAGGCACCAGAAAUGCUGUAGAGCAAGUUAUGCCUUUCUUGACUGAAGUAGCUACCAAGCAAGUUUUCAAGCCAUGGGAACUUUCUGAUAACAUCAACAGGAUUAAGUUGGAAUUGGCAACUAGGCCACCACAGUUGAGGGCUAUCGAUCUGUUGCACAAAGCCGCUUACCGUCGUGGUCUUGGCAACUCUUUGUACAUCGCCAAGCACCAAAUUGGUAAGAUUGGUUCUGAAACCCUUCAACACUAUGUAGCCAGCAAUUUCUUGAGCGGACGCGCUGCAGUCAUCGGUGUCGGUGUUGAUCAUGACUCCCUUGCUCAAUACGCCCAAGGAUUGGAAUUGGAGACCGGUGAUGGACACGUCGAAAAGUCCCCGUACAUGGGUGGUGAGAUCAGAUCCGACAAAGGUGGAAACAUGGCUUACUUCGCCAUCGGUACCGAAAGCGUUGGUUACAGCGACUUGAAGCAAGGACUUGCAUUCGCUGUUCUUAAGUGCUGCCUGGGCAACGGUACAUCCGCUAAACCAUGGGGCUCCGAAAGCGCUGCUGUCCUGAGCAAGGCUGUUGGUGAAGGUGAACACGCCAUCGCCGCUUUCAAUGUGCAAUACUCCGACUCCGGACUUUUCGGUGUUUUGGGAGUUGCCAAAGCUAAAGAUGCUGGCAAACUUGUCGAAGCUGCUGUGAAGACCUUAGAAUCCGGAAGCGUUUCAGAUGCCGAUGUAAACAGAGGCAAAAACCAAUUGAAGAGGAGAAUCUUGACCAAGUUGGAAAAUGGUUUCAAAGCAUCUUAUUACUUCAGUGAGCAAGCUUUAUUGAGGGGCGAAGUUCUGUCUUCAUCUGACAUGGCCGCUGCCAUCGAAUCCGUAACCACCGAGGAUGUUAACCAGGCCGCCCAAGCGAUAGCCGGUAAGAAGUUGUCCAUCGCCGCUGUUGGUAACUUGCAGUCUGUUCCUUUCCUUGAUCAAUUAACUAAUUAAAUAAUUAUUUUUUGAAAAUUAAAAUACAAAAUCCUUAGAUAAUUUU